AAUUACACAUAAGAUAAUUACAGUUCUAAAAAAUCGUUGAUAGACACCGAGUUUCUAAUAUCUAAUAUUUAAUAUUGGAUUCAUAUAUUCAAUAUAAAUAAUUAUUUACCUUGCAGAUAACAUAACAAUAUUGAUAUUUAUUAAUAGUGUUCCAUAUGGUAGUGAUAUUUGGGGUUUCAUUUGUAAUCGGAUAAACAGAAAGCGCAGAUCCCGAUGGAGUGUCACAGCGAUUCGGAUGGUGCUUCUGGACCAAAUGUGGAUGGUCGUAUGCGCGAUAUAUUUACCAAAAAGACCUCGCUACCAGUAGAUCUUCCUGUGGCUCCACCUCCAGAAGCAGAAGUUUACGAUAAACGUAAAGUAAAAGGAACAGCUAUAAUUUUUAAUCAUAGGACUUUUACAAUAGAUCAUGUCUCUACAAGAGACGGUACUGAUUUAGAUAGAGAUGCUCUACAAAAUGUACUUCAGGAAUUAACUUUUGAUGUCCUGGUAUAUGAUGAUUUAACCUUAGAAAAAAUAUUAGAAGUACUUAGUGUAGUUUCCAAAAUGAAUCACACUGAAUGCGAAUGCCUUAUAAUCGCAGUAAUGUCACAUGGAGAUGAAGGUAUAAUCUAUGCCAGAGACCAAGCUUAUCCUACAAAAAAAUUGUGGAGUUACUUUACACCUAUACGAUGUCCUAGUUUGGCUGGGAAACCAAAGAUGUUUUUCAUUCAGGCUUGCAGAGGAAGCGAAUCUGAUCCAGGGCAAGUGGUCACAUACGUAGAAAAGGAUUCUAGACCAACAAGUAGCAAAACGUACACUAUACCCAUAAUGGCCGACAUAAUAGUUAUGUAUGCUACGGUAGAAGAAUAUUAUGCUUGGAGGGACCCAGCUACAGGCAGUUACUUCAUUCAAGCUCUGGUCAAUCAAUUGAGAAAACAUCACCAAUCCGAAGAUCUCUUAUCUAUUCUGACGAGGGUCAAUAGAGAAGUAGCCAUUGGAUUUAGCUCAUUUGAGCCUAAUUAUCCCAAAUAUAAUAACAAAAAGGAAAUGUGCUCUAUCGUUUCCAUGCUAACUAGAAAAUACUACUUUAAUUUAUAGGUUUACCAUGUAAUUUUAAACACAAAAUGAUUCUAAUGUACAAAUUUGAUUAUACCAGAACUAAAUAAAAUCUUGUGACACGUU